AUGGUCGCACCAGUCACCUCUGCUGCUGGCAUCGUUGCCCUGCUCGACGAACAGGAACCAGAGCUUCAGUCGUAUGCGCUCAAACGCCUCGAUUCGCUUGUCCAUCAAUUCUGGGCUGAAAUCGCAGAUGCCAUCUCCAAAAUCGAAAUCCUCUACGAAGAUGAGCGCUUCCCAGACCGUCACCUUGCUGCUCUCGUCGCCUCCAAGAUCUACUUCCAUCUCGGAGAGCACGAUGAAGCUCUCAUGUUUGCUCUCGGUGCCGGCGCUUUGUUUGAUGUAGAAGUCAAGGACGAAUACGUCGACACAGUCGUCUCCAAGGCCAUCGACAGAUACAUCACCGAGUCUGCUCCCGCCACAGCCGCCACCCUGACACCAGUCGCAGAUGCUUCUGUUACUGUCCCCGCUAAGACCGUUGCUGAUAAGUCUGCACCGGUCGAUCCAAGGCUCAAAAACAUUGUCGAUCAGAUGUUUGCACGUUGCAUCGCAGACAAGGAGUACAAGCAGGCUCUCGGUAUCGCCCUCGAGACACAGCGUUUGGAUGUCAUCGAAGAGGUGUACUCUGUCACGCAUGACGCCGAUCUCCUCACCUAUGUCCUCGAGAGCAGCAUCGGCGUCGUUCCGUCCAUCGAGGUCCGCAACCAGAUCCUCCAUCUCCUCGUCGACCUCUUCCAAAGACUACCUAGCCCAGAUCACUUUAGCAUCGGUCAGUGCUACGUCUACCUCAAUGCGCCCAACCUCGCCUCGGAACUCCUCUUCGACCUCAUCCAGCAGGCGCAUCAGCCCUCGAGUUCGUCGCUAGCCAACACGUCCAACGACCCUCUCCUUGUCACAUAUCAGCUUGCCUUUGACUUGGCAGAGAGCGCAACGCAGGAAUUCCUUGAAAACGUGCGCAAGGACCUCUCGAUCAAGGCUUCCACCGUCAAGGCCGAAUCUGCUGUUGACACCGAUGCCGAUAUGAAUGCCUCUUCCGAAUCCGAAGCAAUCACCGUACAGUCGUGCAUCGAGCGCGUCCGCUCUAUCCUUCAGGGUGAGGAAAGCAUCCAGCUCUACCUCGAGUUUCUCAAGCGCUCCAACAAGGCCGACUUGCCCAUCCUCAAAGCAACCAAGGAGGCGCUUGACGCUCGAAGCUCCAUCUACCACUCGGCACUCAGCUUUGCCAACGCAUUCAUGAAUGCCGGCACCACCUCGGACAAGUUCCUGCGCGAGAACCUCGAGUGGUUGGCAAAGGCUUCCAACUGGUCCAAGUUUACGGCUACAGCUGCGCUCGGUAUCCUCAACAAGGGUAACCUCAAAGAAGGUAUUAGCAUCCUCCGACCGUACCUGCCUCAGGACGGCGUCACCAGCAGUGUUUACUCUGAAGGUGGCUCGCUCUUUGCCCUCGGUCUCAUUCACGCAAAUCACGGCGCAGAGGUCAUGGAAUUGCUUACCAACACGCUCAAGAGCAACCCUGCCGAAAUUGUUCAGCACGGGGCUGCUCUUGGCCUUGGUGCUGCGGGCAUGGCCACGGGAAAUGAGGAUGUAUACGAGGAGCUUCGCAACGUCCUCUACACCGACUCUGCCGUUGCUGGUGAGGCGAGCGGUUACGCCAUGGGCCUCGUCAUGCUUGGCACCGGAUCGGAGCGUGCCGUCGAGGAGAUGCUUCAGUACGCGCACGAGACGCAGCACGAAAAGAUCAUCCGUGGUCUCGCCAUCGGUAUCUCUCUCCUCUUCUAUGGCAAGGAGGAGAAGGCCGAGACCAUGAUCGACACUUUGCUCGCUGACAAGGACGCCAUCCUCCGAUACGGAGGUGUCUACACCAUCGCCCUCGCCUACGCCGGCACUGCCAACAACAAGGCGAUACGACGUCUGCUCCACAUCGCCGUCUCGGAUGUCAGCGACGAUGUGCGACGUGCUGCCGUCACCUCACUCGGCUUCCUGCUGUUCCGCAACCCCACCCAGGUGCCGCGGAUUGUCCAGCUCCUCUCGGAAUCAUACAACCCUCACGUACGCUACGGAAGCACGCUGGCCCUCGGUAUCGCCUGCGCAGGCACUGGCCUCGAUGAGGCUGUGGAUCUGCUCGAGCCCAUGACCAAGGAUCCCGUCGACUUUGUGCGUCAAGGUGCGUGCAUUGCUCUGGCCAUGAUUUUCAUCCAGCAGAACGAGGCGCUCAACCCGCGCGUCACCAAUGCACGCAAGACGUUUGACAAGAUUAUUUCGGACAAGCACGAGGAUGCUAUGGCCAAAUUUGGUGCUGCGCUUGCUCAGGGCUUGAUCGAUGCCGGUGGACGCAACGUCACCAUUUCGCUGCAGAGCCGAGGUGGCAAUGCCAACAUGCCCGCUAUUGUGGGUAUGGCGCUGUUCACUCAAUUCUGGUACUGGUUCCCCUUGGCUCAUUUCUCGGCGCUCGCCUUCACGCCUACGGCGCUGAUCGGUCUGAACCGCGAGCUGCGUAUUCCCGAGUUCGAGUUUGUGUCCGAAGCCAAACCGAGCCUGUUUGCGUACCCGACAUCGUUCAAGCCGCCAUCGGAGAAGAAGGUGGAGCGUGUCGAGACGGCGGUGCUGUCGACCACGGCCAAAGCACAAGCACGACAGCGCAACAAAGAGCGCGAGCGAGCUCAGGCUGAAGGUGGCGAUGCCAUGGAGCUCGAUGAUGCCACGAGCGCCAAGAAGGAAGAUGGCGAUGUGGCUAUGGAAGAAGAUGCCAAGGCAACCAAGGGCAGCAAGCCCAAGAAGGAACGCAAGCAGGAAGCGCGAUCCGAGUUGCUGCCCAACUACUCACGCGUCACUCCGGCGCAGGUCAAGUUUGUCACGUUCCCGGCCGAGUCGCGGUUUGUACCUAUCCGACCUGUGCAAGGAUUGGGCAGCAAGGUGAGACAGGAUGUCUACAACACUUCGUCGGUUGCUGGUAAGCUUUUGGGUAAUGCUUCUCCUGCGCCCGGGGCUAGUGGCACUGUGACGCCCUCGAACAACCCUGUGGCGAGCGUGGUGGCAGGUGCCAAGUCGCUUUACCAGCAAGCUAUUGCGAAUGCAUCUGGUGUUGGCGGUGGUGAGACGGACAAGGGUUCUGCUGGCGCUUCAAGUGCAGCGCUCAACAAUGCGGGACCUACGGCCGAGCAAGCUCGUAGCAUCCUCACGUCGGCGAUCGGAGGUACUGGCGGAAUCCUGUUGAUGGUGGAUCGAAAGCCGAAUGACGAGUUCCGAGCGCUCAAGAUUGGUACCAAUGACGAUGACGAUGGUGCGACCAAUGCGCAGAGGCCUACGGAAGAUGUUGUGCAGGACGACGAGAUUUCGCCGGAGGAUGCGGCAGCUAUUGCAGCUGCCAUGGCUGCAGAUGAUGACGAUAGGGCUGACGAUAAGGAUGUCAACAGUGUCGCUGGAAACCAAUCCAGGAGGGAUGGCGAUCCUGAUCAACCCGCUAAUGGCGGUAUCGGCGGAGGCCUGCCUGAAGCACGUUGA